AUGUCUUUUCGUAGACUCAAAAUUGGUUCGUCUAAAAUGGUGGCAAACGGUUGCUUCAACUCUCCCCGUGCCUUAUUAAGCCAAGGCUCAUUUCGAAAGCUCAAAUUGCACUCUGAUCGCAAUGAUAUGAGCUUCUCGAGCAAUGGACAGACCGAGCUUCUGCUCAAAGAAACCAUGGACACUUAUACAGAGGAAGAGUUAGCUGAGUAUCGACAGGUUUUCAAUAUGUUUGAUACAGAUAGAAGUGGGGCAAUAGCACUUGAUGAGCUUGAAACAGCUAUUCGGAAUUUGGGAUUGGAUCAAACAAGAGAUGAAUUGGAUAAAAUUAUUGAUGAAGUAGAUCAACGUGGAAACCAUCAAAUAGACUUUGAUGAGUUCUGCAUAGUUAUGAGACGUUUAUAUAUGAAAAAAAGAAGUUGGAAUGAAGUUGUCAAGGAGUGUUUUACUGUUUUCGAUCGGGCAGAAUCUGGUUCUAUUUCGAAGCGGGAUUUUCAGUACAUUCUACGCGAAUUCGGUGACAUAACAGACAGUCAAAUCAUUGAAGAAAUAUUUCUCGAAGCUGAUGUGGAUGGAAAUGGAGUCAUUGAUUACGACGAAUUUGCAUAUAUGGUCAAAAAUUAUAUGACAGAUGAUGAUAUCAACUGA